GAGAGAACAAGCCGAUUUUACUUUAUAGGUAAGGUCUCAUUUAACCCUAUAAUUCAUUCACAUUGGUCCCUGGAUAAUCCAAGGGAUUGUCUUCGGUUGGUCUAGAAUUAUUGAUGGAUGUUCUGGCUAAGAGAUUUUUUCUUAUUUUACAAGUUCAUUGAAUGAUAUAAUAUUUCAUUGUUAUGGAUCUAGUGUACUACGCUUUUAUUAUAUAUGUUCACCGUGUAUCAUGCGUAGUUUACAUACAUUGACAAUAAACUGAGAAAAAUCAGGAGAUCGUAGAUAGAGAUGAAUACUGCAGUGACGGCAUCAUCAAAUUCUACAGCAGUCCAUGCAAGUGAUACUCCCACAACCGGUAGUAAACAACAUGUUCCUGCUGAUCAUGAUCAAAUUAACGAAAAGGAACUAGAUGCUGGUGCUCUAUUCGUUCUCAAAUCCAAAGGGUCAUGGAUACACUGUGGGUAUCAUCUUACAACGUCGAUAGUGGCACCACCACUGCUCAGCCUUCCUUUCGCCUUCGCUUCGCUUGGUUGGGUUGCUGGAAUAACAUGUCUAACUAUGGGAGCUAUCAUCACAUUCUAUUCAUACAAUCUCAUCUCACUGGUUCUCGAACAUCAUGCUCAACUAGGAAAUCGACUUCUACGAUUCAGAGACAUGGCUCACGACAUUCUAGGUCCAAGAUGGGGUCGAUACUAUGUAGGUCCGAUUCAGUUAAUUGUUUGUUAUGCUGUUGUUCUUUCUUGUGCUCUUCUUGGGGGACAAUGUAUGAAGACAAUUUACUUGUUAUCAAAUCCAGAAAAGGAGAACAUGAAGUUAUACCACUUUCUGAUAAUAUUUGGAGGCCUACUUUUAGUUAUGGCUCAAAUCCCAUCUUUCCAUUCUUUGAGGCACAUCAACCUCAUUUCUCUAGUACUUUGUCUUGCUUACAGCACUUGUGCCACAGCUGGUUCCAUCUAUGUUGGAAUGUCUUCAAAUGCACCACCAAAGGAUUAUACCGUAAAGGGUAGCACUAUCAACAUGGUCUUUGGUGUUUUCAAUGCUGUUGCCAUUAUCGCUACCACAUUCGGAAACGGAAUUAUUCCUGAAAUUCAGGCAACAUUAGCUCCCCCGGUCAAGGGUAAAAUGUUCAAGGGAUUAUCAGUCUGUUAUGCAAUGGUGACUGUUACGUUCUUUAGCGUCGCCAUUUCUGGUUAUUGGGCUUUUGGGAAUAAAGCAGGUGGAAUUAUCAUUGGUAACUUCAUGGAUGAGAAUGGCAGGUCUUUAGUUCCAAAAUGGUUCUUGUUGUUGACCAAUGUCCUUAUACUUCUACAAUUAUCAGCAGUUAGUGUGGUUUACUUACAACCCACAAACGAGUUGUUAGAAAAAGGAUUUUCAGACCCUAAGAAUGCUGAAUUCUCAGCUCGAAAUGUGAUCCCAAGACUUAUUUCUCGAUCAUUAUCUGUCGUAUUAGCUGUGGUAAUUGCAGCAAUGCUCCCAUUCUUUGGAGAUAUUAUUGCAUUGAUCGGAGCACUAGGUUUUAUGCCGCUCGACUUUACAUUGCCAGUCAUUUUUUUCAAUCUAACCUUUAAACCAUCAAAAGGGGGACCGAUAUUCUGGAUUAACACUACAAUUGGAGCUUUCUUUUCAGUAUUUGCACUUAUAGCAGCUGUUGCGGCAGUUCGACAGAUUAUUCUUGACGCCACCACUUAUCGAUUGUUUGCAAAUGUGUAAGUAACUAAGCCCAAAAAAAUUGUAUUGUCUAAUUUACUUAAGUUUCGAAAGGGACCAGCUUUUUCUUUUGGGACCCUUAUGUUAUAUGUCCACAUAUCCUAUUGUUUUAAGUGAAUGACUAAGUUAUUUUUUUAUUUA